ACACCGCGGUGCAGGAGACGGGCGCACUGCGUCCCCUCUGACCCGGGGCGUGACACACCUGCCCUUGCUGCUAAGGAUCAUGGGUAGCUGUGGGAGGCUGUAGGUGGCGAUUCGGAAAGAGAGAGAGAGAGAGAGAUCCACUGAUCGAUCAUGAGGAGGUUUUUCGGAGCGCACGGCGGCGAGGACCACAGUCAGAUCCAGUAUCUCACGGCCAAGUGCAACCGGCUGGCUCACGACAAAGCGGCGCUCGACAGGGAGCUGCUGCUGGCCGGGGGCCGCGAGAGGAAGCUGCGCGGCGAGCUGGAGGCCGCCGCCGCCGGGCUUCGCCUCCGGGAGCAGAUCAACGCGGAGCUCCGGGUGAGGGAGGAGCAGCUCGUCGGCAAGAUCCACCAGCAGCAGGACCUGGUGGGCCGGCUGCAGCAGCGCCUGCUCCUGCUGGCGGAGGCGAGCUCCCGGGACGGCGAGCUGCUGCGGCAGGUCGGCGCCGAGCUGCUGUGCCUGCAGAGCUCCGAGGCGAAGCUGGAGGGCCUGGUGGAGGAGCUGCACGCCGAGGCCCAACGCAAGGCCGCGACGGCAGAGAGCCUCCAGGCGGAGCUGCACGCUGAGGCCCGGCGGCGGGCCGGCCUGAUGGAGAGCCUGCAGGCGGAGCAACGCAGGCAGGACCACUCCUCGAGCUCUCUGAUUGUAUAGAGUCACGUGCACGGGCUGAUAUUGCAUUGGUGGUGGGGAUAUUUGUAAGAAUGUGCAUGUGUUUUCAGGUUGAGAUUGAGGACAGUCCUUUACUGUUGAUGCUGGUUGGAUGUAAAACACAAGCUUUAUGAGGCUACCAACUAAGUGCUAAAAGUCGUGUUCCUUGUCAGUUCUGUCCAGAUGAAAAGCAGACAUUUUGUAAAAAACUAUCCAAAAAGUAAAUUCAAGGUCAAACAAAUGAAACCUGCUGCAUGUGUUUGAACACACAUUACAACAAAAACCCAUCCUUUCUUCUAUUUGUCCCCAACAGGAAGAGGGCGGAGCUGGCGGAGCUACGAGGCUCCAACCAAAGGCUGACGGACGAGCUGAAGGAUCUACGCUCGGCUCAC